AUGGCCGUGCGUCGCGCAUCGUGGAGCGCGGCUUGCCAGCCUGGGGACGCCUCGCCGUCGCCGGCGCCGGGGCGCGUGGAGUCCAGCCCGAGCACCCCGAGCGUGCCGCCGAGGCAGUUGAGCCCAGAGUGCGAUUCCGGCCCAAGCCUGGAGUGCGUCUACACCUCGGAGGCGCUAGAUGAGACGGGGAUCCCCUCGAAGACGUCGGAGAAAUCGGCCGAGAACGCCUGGGAGAAGUCUGCCGGGUCCGUCCGCUCCAUGUCGUGGCCUCACGGCUACGCGUGGUUCGUCUUCCGCGAGGAGGGCCCCGUGCGCGCCUGCUGCCGCAGGAUACUGACGCACGAGUUGUGCGGCUGGAAGAUUUUCGACAACGUGAUCUUGUUCUGCAUCUUGACCUCGUGCGUCUUCAUGGCCGUCGACAGUCCUCUUCGCGACCCGCGUGAGCCGUUGACCAGGGUCCUCCGAUGGGGCGACGUGAUCUUCUCCGUCAUAUUCAUGUGCGAGAUGGCGCUCAAGCUGCUCUCCCAGGGCCUCUUCUGGGGCAGGGACGCUUACCUGCACAGCGGUUGGAACUGGCUGGAUGGCACGGUGGUCUCGGUCUCGGUGGUGUACUUCCUGGCGGGCAGUUCGGGCCCUGUGAAGACGCUGCGCAUCCU